AUGGCGUAUGAAGACAAAUCGGGAGCUCAGCCUGUCUUCAAUGCCUCAAAGGAAAUCAGGCUACUCACCAUUUCGGCGGUCACCAAUGAAGACAGCCUUGCAACACUGAGAUGUACCCUGCACUAUGUCGACCGUGAGACGCGGCCAACAUAUACCGCUAUCUCGUACACAUGGGGUGAAGGGCCAGCCAACACAAAUGAAGUCAUCUGUAAUGGCUGCCCAUUACUCGUCGGGAACAACUGCUAUACGCUACUAUGUGAACUGCGUCGGCUGAAGCUGACGGGGCACGAGAACUUGAUCUGGAUGGAUGCCCUCUGUAUCAACCAGGCGGAUGUGGGAGAGCGGAAUGCACAAGUGGCACGAAUGGGUGAUACUUUCCGGUCGGCUGCAAAGACAAUCGUGUUCCUUCGUCAGGAUAUCAUCGAGGAUUCGAGUCCGUUUCCAACAGACUAUGUCAACAUGAGCUACCGUCCUCUAAGCCCUGACCCUGACCUCAAGAAGUCUGACAUGCACAAUCCAUGGUACCGCCCCACAGGCGGUCACUCAACGAGCACAGACAUCUACCAACGUGUAUGGUUUGGGCGUGGCGACAGAAGCAAGGACGUGCAACUUCGCAUGUCGACUCUGACCACGAACCCAUGGUUUACGCGGACUUGGAUCGUACAGGAGCUUAUGUUGUCGAGAGAGCCUUCGCUCUUGAUGGAAGGCGAUGCGUGCUUGGUUCCGUGGAAAAUCCUAGAUCAGAUGUAUGCGAUAUGGUCUCCGGUGUCCUGCGAGACGCCACAAGUCGUUACGAUGCAUGCGGGCUGGACAGCUACUGGCAUAGACGCCUUCGUUGAUGGCGUGCGAGUAGCCAAUUCGGAGGAUCCUGGGCAGGAGAAGGCGACCUAUCUGCGACGACUAUUUGCGACGUUAGUCAGGACUCGCAAGUUCCGUUGCACCGAUCCUCGGGACAAGCUAUAUGGCAUCUUGGCCCUCUUCAGCAUGACCCACUUGGAGACAUUACAGCCAGACUACAACAAAUCUGCUCUGACAGUCUACUCAGACCUGAUUUGGUCGAUGCUUGAGUCCGGGAUCACGGAUAUUCUGGCCCUGGCUGGGCUUCAUGCGAACGAAGUAUGGCCUUCGUGGGUCGUGGACUGGUCGAUCGAUCCCAGAUUUUGCCGUGAUAAGCUUAUCGAGCGCCCAUCACAGUACAAAGCCGGCUUCGUGGGCGGUCGGGGCCGACUACACGUCAGCAGGUCAGAUGAUGGUCGGACACUGGUCGUCAGAGGACUCAUGGUUGGGCACGUCCAGAGUGACUAUCUGGCUGUGCUGGCUUCUGAUCAGAUCAGUAGCCUUGGGACACGACAGUACCCUGCUUGUGUAGAAGAUUUGGUGCGCAUAUUGCUGGGAUGCAGCAUGCCAUUCGUACUUCGUAAAGACGGAGACCGGUUACGUCUAGUAGAUGAAUGCAGGAUUUCGGGGUAUAUGAAAGGCGAAGCUUUGGCCCAUCUGGACGCAUCUUCCUGCUAUGGAGUAACGCCGCCACCAGGUCUGCAAGACUUCGAGAUCCAUUGA